GGCGCGAAAAGCGCACUGGGUGGCUUUCUCUGUUGCGCACUGUGGGCAGGCACCCACGGCCCGUCGUCCGCGCCCCGGCGUGUUCCUUCUUCCCCUUGUUGCCUUCUGUCUUUCCUCUCUGCACACACACACCGACCCAGGCGGAGGAGAGAGGGAGGUGCACGUCUGAACUCCGCGUUCUCUCUGCCGUUCGGCCGCUGGAGGACUUUUUCUUCUCUUCUGUCUCAUGCCCUGAACCGCGCGUCGGAGAAGCCGGUUGCACGGGACGUUCUCCGCAGAGCCCUGGUGACAUCCGAUCUUUCCUGGGAAAUAAAACUCUAGUGGAUUUUGUUCUUUCUCUCUCCCCCUCAUUCGCCGGGAACAUGGAGUUCGACUGUAUCCAGCACUAUUUUUUCGACCACUUCGACACCGAGGAGGACUUUUACAAGUCGACCGCACCGAGCGAGGACAUAUGGAAAAAGUUCGAGCUGCUGCCCACCCCCCCCAUGUCGCCCACCCGGACUCUGAGCGGCGCGGCCCCGCAGCUCUCGCCGGGGGACAGGCUCAGCUGGCUGUCCAAGGUGCUGGGGCAGGACGAGGAGUGCGAGGGCCAGCUCCUGCCGGACGCGGAGAAGCUGCUGGGCAACCUCAGCUCCAUCAUCAUCCGGGACUGCAUGUGGAGUAGCUUCUCCGCCAGCAAGCAGCUGGAGAAGGUCAGCGGGAGAGGCUCCGACCCGGCGGCGCCGCUGCCCGCGCGGCCGAGCAAGGCGCAGUGCGCCCCCCCCGCGGGCCCGCCCGCCGCCUCGGCGACAGACUGCGUCGACCCGGCGGCGGUGCUCACCUUCCCGGCGAGCAGCUGCAGGAAGCCGGCGUCGUCUGGCUCCGAGUCUCGCUCUGAUUCCUCCGAUGAUGAAGAGGAGAUCGACGUGGUCACUGUGGAGAGCAAGCAGAAUCGGGUGCGGCUGGUGAAUGUCCGAAAACCGAUCACCAUCACGGUCCGGGCCGACCCCUGCCCCAAACGCUUCCACAUGUCCGUCCACCGGCAGCAGCACAACUACGCCGCCCGAUCCCCAGAUAGCGAGCCCGAGCACGAUGAGGAGGAUGACGACGACGACGACGACGACGACGACGACGAUGACGACGACGACGAUGAGGAGGAGGAUGAGUACAAUGAAGCGCCUCAAAGCAAGCGUGCCUGCACAGCCCCCAGCCAGCAGCCGGGCUCUCUGGCUCGUGUCUCCCAGCCCUCCUCCCCAUCGGAGAGUCCCCAGAACUCGGACGCGGAGGACACUGACCGCCGGCGGAACCACAACUUCCUAGAGAGGAAGAGGAGGAACGACCUCCGCUCUCGUUUCCUCGCCCUGCGGGAUCAGAUCCCCAGCCUGGAGUCGGCCAAGACUCCAAAAGUCGCCAUCCUGACCCAGGCAACGGAGUACCUCAUGGAGCUGCACGCCAGGGAGAAGCGGCAGCUCCUGGAGAAGAAGCGCCUGAAGUCCAGACAGCAGCAGCUCCUGCGCAGAUUGUCCGAACUGAAGCGCUCCUGAGGGCGUGCUCUGGGAAACAAACUGUCACAGUCAAGAACUUUGCUCUUAAGUUACUUGUCACUUUUGAAAAGCUCCCGUUUUUCAUAACGACAUGCCUCAUGUGAAUAGCCGUGGAAUGACUUUUGGUGUGGAACACGUUAAUAUUGCCCUGGGCUUCCAAUGAAUUGACAGUGCUGGCCUGUGAACCGGUUACGGGGAGGAGCAGCUAGAUAUCUGUGUGCUGUGUUCUGGGUUUUUCCCCCUCUCCUUUGCACAGUGAAUUAGUUGUGAACAGCGGGGGAUUAAACGAAUUUACUUUUAUAGCUAUGACCAAGAUAUUUCCUGGUAUGUUGUGAUGGGGAUUGAGAAAACCUGUUUGUUAAUAGUUUACCAGUGUGAUAAGGAACACGUGCAGCCUUCAGGGUGUGUGUGGAAGCGGGUUGGGAGCUGUUCGCGGGACACCCAAGUGAGAAUGCCUUUCUGUGUACAUAAGAGUGAAUGGGACGGUUCCUGGUUCAUUGGUGUGACUGAUUGUUUGAUGUACAAAUUGUUCUGUAAAUAAUAGCUUAUCGCUCCUGAUGAAGGAGACAAAAUCCAGAGUCGUCGCCGGGUAUUGCUCCUCUGUAUGACGUGCCACCAGGCACAGAGGAGCCUCUAUUUUUGUUAAGAAAAUGGACAAAGAAAAAAUUAAAGAGAAAAAAGAAAGUAGCACUGCUGUACUUUAUAUUCACACGUCACUUUGUGAUUUCAUUGCUUCUCCUGAUUUUGGUUGGAUUGUUUUUUUUAAGCAUGCUAACGUGAAAAGCAACAUUAAAAUUUUUAUACCAUGUUUGCAUACAAA